AAGCAUGCCUGUGUGCUCCACCAAUUUCCUUGCGAGACGUUGUUCAUAGUAGAGUAGGCGGUGUAGAGUGUUAUAUUUGGGAUGGCGGGCGAUGACGCUGGGGGCUGGGGGAGUUGCAGCGGAGAUGCCGGGGGUUUACAGGGCGGCGAAUGCAGAUCUUGAGCGAGGAAGAGGGAGAGGGCCGAGAGGAGAAGUAUUACAUGGCCGCGGUGAAAUUAGUGCACAGAAGGCGACGGUGUUGAUGCAGUUGAUGCACAAGUGGUUGCUGUUACAGAUUUCGUUCGUGCUGGCAAGGGAGUUGGUCGGUGACUGCCUCCUUUUCAUCAAGCGCGGCCCGCCAAGCUUUGCGACGAGAACCUCAACUCCAAAGCAUUCCAUUGCCCUUCUACCCACCACACACCACUCGCCGCCAUAGGGCUUGCGUCUCCCCGGCACCCGUUUCGCCGUCUCGCCCUCCCUCUCCGCUACACUUUUUCUUGUCCCCCGCCGCCCGCAGUCGGCGUCUGCCCAGAAACACGCUGCGUGAGCGGUUCGCGUUGCGUCGUGCCGCUCCC